GGAAGAAGAAACCUGAAAGGUUGCUCACCUGUGCCUUUAUUUCUUUGGGUUACAAAUACAAACCCCCCUUCUUUAAUUUCUUUUACUCUCUCUCACCCAUUUUCUCUGUAUUGUUUUUACGAAAAAACCGAAAAUCAACUCCAAAUUCAAAGAUUGUUGCCACCCCCUAACACCUCAACAACAACAACAAAAACUUCACCUUUACCAUACCAAUUUAGUUCAUAAAGCUUCACCUCUGAUUUUCACAUAUUGAUAAACCAAAAAGAACAAAACACCAAGAGGAACAAAAGAAAUUGUAGAAUUUUAAAAGGCUUUAUUUUUUGUCAAUGGAUAGUAUUUGUUUAACGGGAGGGAUUCAAGGUAUGGCGGGGCCGAUCGCCGUUGCCGGCACCGGAGCUUUAGAUGUCCGUGCAACCCAAUUUAGUACAUCCGCCGUUGGCCGUUCGUCGGCGGCGUCCAUGUCGGUUGAAAAGCCAUCUUCUUCUCAAAGGAAUAAAAAUACAUCAUGGGGUUUUUCAUUUAGGUACCCACUUAGAUCCUUUUGGUCAGGUGGUAAAGGAAGAUACGAUGCAAUAGCUGUAGACGACGCCGUAAUGAUGGAUGAAAAGGAGGAGAAACUUGAGGAGAAGAAAGAUGAGGAGGGGCAAAAUGGGAAUUGGGUUUUGAAAAUUUUGCAUGUUAGGUCUAUGCGUAGUAAAGAAGAGGAUGAUGAUGUAGGGGACAAGGGCGGCGGUGGUGGUGUUGAAGAUGCUGUUCAAGAAAACAGUGAAGGGCAAAAUAGUCAAUGCGGUGGUGGGGAUGAAGAGUGUGAUGUGUGUUCUGUUGAUGAUGAUGAAGAAAAGUUCAAAUUUGAUAGAAAUUCUUUUUCUAAGUUGCUAAAAAGAGUGUCCUUAGCUGAAGCUAGAUUGUAUGCUCAGAUGUCUUAUUUGGGUAGUUUGGCUUAUGCUAUACCCCAAAUUAAGCCAGAAAAUUUAUUGAGGAAUCAUGGAUUGCGGUUUGUCACUUCUUCAUUGGAGAAGAAAGAACAGGCAUUGAAAGCUGAGAAAGAGAAGGCAGAAGCUGAUGGCCAGGAGAAGAAAGAGAAUGAAGUUGUUCAAACUCAGGUAGAAGAAAAGAACACUACAAAUUCAGUAGAAGGGGAUGGGAAGACCAGCGGAAACAGGAUUAGUGCAUCUACUGCUUAUCAUAUAGCUGCCUCUGCCGCGUCUUAUCUGCACUCUCAUACAAAAAGCAUUCUUCCGUUUAAAUUGUCCAAGUCCAACUCUGCGCCAAAUAAAGAUUCCUCUGAAACAACCAUCGGAAGCGAUGACAAUGUAGUUGGAAGGAACAGGGAAGUUGCUUCUUUUAUGGCGACCAGCGACUCAGUGACAUCAGUAGUUGCUGCAAAGGAGGAAGUAAAGCAGGCUGUUGCAGACGACCUGAACUCGAAUCAUUCUUCACCCUGUGAGUGGUUUGUAUGUGAUGAUGAUGAGAGUUUGACAAGAUUUUUUGUCAUUCAGGGAUCAGAGUCAUUGGCAUCAUGGCAAGCAAAUCUACUCUUUGAGCCUAUUCAAUUUGAGGGUCUGGAUGUGAUGGUUCACCGAGGUAUUUAUGAAGCUGCAAAGGGAAUGUACGAACAGAUGCUGCCGGAAGUACGUUUCCACCUUAAAUCUCAUGGUAGUCAUGCUAAAUUCCGUUUCACUGGGCAUUCCCUUGGUGGAAGUUUAUCAUUGCUCCUCAAUCUCAUGCUGCACAUAAGGGGAGAAGUUCCUCCCUCUUCCUUGCUUCCUGUUAUAACUUUUGGUGCCCCGUCAAUAAUGUGUGGAGGAGACCGCCUCCUUCGCCACCUUGGCUUGCCUCGGAGUCAUCUGCAAGCAAUCACAAUGCAUCGGGACAUUGUACCCCGAGCCUUCUCUUGCAAUUAUCCCAAUCACGUUGCAGAAUUUCUCAAAGCUAUCAAUGGGAACUUCCGCAAUCAUCCAUGUCUGAAUAACCAGAAGUUGUUGUUUGCUCCAAUGGGGGAGUUCUUAAUUCUGCAGCCAGAUGACAAGUUCUCUCCAAACCACGACCUGCUACCUUCAGGCUCCGGUCUUUAUUUAAUGAGCGAUCCUGUAUCAAGUUCAACAGAGGCAGAAAAACAAAUCCGAGCCGCUCAGUCUGUGUUUUUAAACUCACCCCACCCACUUGAAAUCCUAAGUGAUCGAUCAGCCUAUGGUUCUGGAGGAACAAUACAAAGAGAUCAUGACAUGAACUCAUACUUAAAAUGUGUAAGAAACGUAAUUCGCCAUGAGCUAAACAGCAUCAGAAAAGCUCGGAGGAAGCAGAGGCGCAGAGUUUGGUGGCCAUUGGUUGCACCAAGUGGGGUUAAUGCUGGUAUUGUUGUUAGAAGGCAUGUGGAAUCAGGUAAUAUGGGCCAUGGCCAGUUCAACUUUGCUGGCAUUUUACAUAGUGGGAAAGAGUCGUUGAAGCGGUUCAGUACGCUAGUAGCAUCGCAGCACAUGCACUUGCUUGUGGUGCUUUUGUUUCCUGCACGCUUGCUUAUCGUUGGGACUUUCAGCAUGUUGAAUUUUCGUUGAAUCGCCAGAAGCAUUGGACAAGUUAAAGGAGGGUAGAUGAUUCUUUAUUCUUUUGACAACUAAAGUCCCCCGGUAUUCUGAAAGAGGGGGAUUACCUGAAUCAAAUAUUAGUAAGAAAAUAUUGGAUCUAUUUGUUAUCAAAACUGUUAUAGAUGAUUAUUCCAUUUAUGGAAUGCAAAGAUGUAUAUCCUAUUUUUGUUUGAUGUAGUAAUGAUAUAGCUCUUCUCUCAAAUAGUACCAUGUACCAAAAAUUGGAACUGUAAAGGUAAGAAUCACAAUAUCAUAUUGGAUCAAAAGCAAAUUCAGAAUUUAGGAUCAA